AUGACGACGUGCCGUCUGCUGUGCGCCCUGUUGGUGCUCGCCCUGUGCUGCUGCCCGUCCGUAUGCGCGUCAGCGACUCCGGAGAAGCCUAAAGUUGAUUUAAUUGGCCCCGAUCCAUCGCCUUCUAGAACAGUAGUACAAGAGACACUACAGGCGACCAGUCAGUCAGGACCGCAAGGUCUAAAGCCCGUUUUGGACCAGGAUAGAGUUAACGGUGAAAAACGAGUUUUGACAGAUCAGGAUCCUCAAACAGAUAACGCUCACAAUCCGGUAAACAGAGAAGGUACGGACGAUGAUACAGGGCUACAAAGUCUCAGCGAUGUUUCCGCAAAACAAGCACAUGAAGAAGCCGAAGGUCAUGCCAAGAAAACCACGACGGCCACUAUAACAAAGUCGCCGGAGGAUGACAGGAAUUCUAAGCCUGAAGCCGAUACAAAUGCCACCAGUCCAAUGCCCUCUGCGCCAGUGAUCAAGCCGUCUGAAGCUUCUGCUCACACGACCAUGACGACUACAACGCAAGCACCAACCACAACGACAACGACGACGACCAUCACAACGACUACGGAGGCGCCAACCACGACGACCACCCGCGCACCGUCACAUCUUCGCGAAGUCGACGGCAGCCUCAGCAGCUCUGCGUGGGUGUGUGCCCCGCUGCUGCUUGCCGCAUCCGCGCUGGCGUACACCGCUGUGGGCUGA